AGAAUGUGGGUAGCUGAUCUUUUAAAAGACGUUAAGUAUAAGUUGCGUAAUUUGAGGCCCCUGUGCCUGAGCCACUCAAUGGUGCGGCUUACAUCGGACCCCUUUCGCCACGGCCCACCUGGUGAUAGUUAUUCUAAGUUAUAAGUUAUAGCCUAUUAUAGGACCUGCAAAGCAAACAAUAUUAAUCAAGCAUUCAAAGAUAACUGAACAUGUACGGGUAUCGUUCAAGAUUAUUAGAUAAAUUAUGGGGUGUUUCGGUCAAUGAUGAUGGAUGUGGAUAGAGACCAGUUAUUACCGACUAGUGAGAACGUCCCUGUAGCAGCCUACUUCAGUACACGAGCACCAAUGCACGAGGGUUUCAUGUUUUCAUAACAUUUUCAGUCUAUUUUUACUCCUUACAUUUCAUUGGCCAAGGCCAUCGCCUGACGACUUAUGCAUUACUAGUAACCGGAAUCUGUAUAGCAAUAGUUACAGCGCCUAUUUUCUAUCCGAGGGUUUACUCAAUUCCUGUUCAGUGGCCGCCCCACUUCAUUGAUGCUUCCGAUGCCGGUAUGCGAGUGAAAGUGGCAAGGGAUUUGGUUAUGUUGCCGACUCCAUUAACAAUAUUUCAACUUCCUUGGUUUUGAAGGUAAGCAUCUGUAUUUAAUUUUUAAAAAUAUUGUGUUGCAUGUCAUGGUUUAUUUGGUCUCAUUCUCGCUGCCAUGAGUUUGAAUUAGUUCCUGUUUCAGUCUUCCCUAUUGAACUUUUUCAAGUUUUGUUCAUCCUAGGAACUGAAACUAUUACUAUUAUUAAACUAUUAUAAACGUGUCGCUCAUUCCAUUCGGUCUCAGGUCGUGUCUGGAUGCGUAUUUUAUUCACCACUUUGAUUGCCACAUAUUGAUGUAAAGCACUUAGAUGCAGCCACAUAUUGCAAAUAAAGUUACCACUUAUAGAACUAUAAUGCUAUUAUUAGGCAGUUCAUUGCUAUUAUUUGGCCUUUAACUGUACUGUACUACUGCAGCACUGUCUGUGUAGUGAUGUGUGCUAUUGUUAAUUGUUAUAUAAGUUAUAGUCAUAGACUAUACUAUACUAGUAUUAAAUUAUGAUACCAUUUUAAAAUUUUUAAAGCAAUUUUAAUUAAUGAAAAUUUUAAAAUAAAUGAUUCACUUAUUUCUCCAUCACAUCAGUAUCACUGUCACUACUACAGUUGUUUAAGUAAUAAAGUACCAGUAACGUUUAGAAGCCUAACACUAACAUAUAUUAUUAUUAUUAUUAUUUUUGUUUUAAUUUUAAUAACACAAUAUGUUUGGGUAUCAAUCUUUAUUAUAUUAGUUGUUACUAACAACUAAUAUAAUAAAGAUUGAUACCCAAACAUAUUGUAUUAGAUUAGUUGUUACUAACAACUGACAACUAAUCUAAUAAAGAUUGAUACCCAAACAUAUUGUGUUAUUAAAAUUAAAACAAAAAUAAUAAUAAUAAUAUAUUUAUACAUUUAUUGUGACAUUGUUAAACUUCAAUUAUGAUUACUUAAAAUAUACAAAUCGCAAAGUCAAAUUUUUGGCUAAUCAGGCAAAUAAAUGCCUUCAUUUUUCAUCAUUAAACCCCCCCCUCCCCCAUUAAUAUUUAUGUAAUAUAAUUAUUAUUAUAGUUACUUAGUAAUAAAAAAGAUUAAUAUAUGUAGAUCUUUAAUCUAUAUCAAUAUCUGACCUAUGCCUACUAUACCAAAAAAUACAUUUUGAAAGAAAAGAAAAAGAAUGGGCUCAACUCCCUGUACAUAUCAUCACUUUAAAAAAAACAAAUGCGAAGGCAAAGAAAAGUGGAUGAUAUGGUAGUACUAGUACAAUAUAAAAACCAAACAGGAAAAAGACAUUGCAGUUAUUAUUGUGAAUUAGUUUAUGCCAUAUGGAGUCAAAAGACAUUGCAGUUAUUAUUGUGAAUUAGUUUAUGCCAUAUGGAGUCAAAAGACAUUGCAGUUAUUAUUGUGAAUUAGUUUAUGCCAUAUGGAGUCAACGUUCCAAAUCUUUUUAUUAAUAUGUUUCUUAUAUAGAUUCUAUCGGGUGUAUUACUCACAAAAAAUAUACCAGUAACUGCAAUGCAAUGUGCAAUAUUCCAUUAUGGUUAGCACUAUUGAAAUGUUUAGAAACAGGACAAAGGAUUUGUUUGUUGAUGUUGGACAGGUUUGAGGUGUUCUCUAAAAUGGUUUCCAAUGCGACAACCUUUCUACCCAAUGGCUAUGAUUUUCAGCACUCCUGGUGACUUCUCAAAGGAUGAUGUAAAUCACGUUGCGACUUUAUUUUGUGCCUCAUUAAUCCAUGUCUUAAUUUUGUUUCUCAUUAAUCUACUGAAGAGCUUUAUCACAGUUUAAUCCUCUUAUAAUUAGUUGCCUAAAGCAACCAUAUUUUUUGCAGUGUAGUAUGACAAAUAGCCCAAGCCAACACCUUUAAGGUUUUAUCCGAUUCCAUAAUUAGCAUAUGAAUUUGAUUUUAUGAUUAACUUAUAUCAUUUCUCAUUUGGUGACGCUGACAAGUAACACAAAUAUUUAAAGUUAUAUAAAUAUUUAAAUUAUGUAGCCCAAUUUUUUUUUAUCCCGUAGUCACACCCAGUGAUUUUUUAAAUACUAUACUGACCUCAGCUGGGGUGGAAGAGACGGUGUUGGGGGUUCGGAAAGUCCCAAAAAGUCAGGUUAUUUGAAUUUUAUUAGCAUUUUUUCAUUUUUGGGUGUGGAGGGGUGUUAAGAACCUCUGGACUUAAGUAUAAGUAUAGCCUAUGCAUAAAUCAUAUAAAUGUGUGUGUAUCAUAAUAUGAUAGCCUAGGCUAUAAUUUAUAGAUAAAUCCAAAAGUGUGGGAGAGGUGAUAGUGAAAUCAGAAAAUUAUUGACUUACCUUUGGCUGGUGCAGUAAAAUAGUAAGUAUAAGACAAUAUAAUAUUAACAAUAUCUGUUGGUAUUAACAAUAAGUAGGCCUAUUAUUAUACUAGCCUAGACUAAGUAAAGUUACAUAGAGAAACUUCAGUUAGUUUCAUAGUGAAACUUCAGAGUAGUUUCACAGAGAACAGAGUUCUUAGACUGAAUGAUAGUGAGUUAUAUAAAGACAUCAUUGUAUUUCAUGGACACCCCCAUGCUUUUUGGUCAUAUGACUGGAACAACUUUGAAGUUUUGGGGGACAUUUAUUUUAUACUUUUUAGUAAUUUUUUUGAUCAUCGAUUAUGGUCCGGAUUCUGUUAUUUUUGAGAGUCAGGAUCCCGAAUUGCGACCCUAGUACUGAGUAGGUUUUUUACUGAAUAUUUUGUGUUGCCAAGUGUCAGAGCUGCCCAAUGAUGUAAAUUUUAUGGUAUUUCAAAUAUUUUGUUUCAAUGGGUGGUAAUUGAAUAGUCUCAGCAUAAAGUAGUGUUGUUAAACAAAAAAAGGGUUUAAUGGUUUGAAUAAAAAAAAUAAAAUAUUAGACUUUUUUAGGUGGUUUUAUUUGUGAGCAAUCUGUGCAUUUUGUUUAUAAGCGAAUGCAUUUAUUUAGCAUGUCAGUAUUAAAGUUGAAGGUUGUUUCUUUUGAAAACUAUGUGUGGGAUUCAGAUUUGAAACGUUUUUCAAAUUCAAGUUGGAAUAUUCUUAGGCUCUCCUUCCUUAAACGGAAAGAUAUCAUGUUAUGUAAAAAAUGUGAGCUAUUCAUUAUGUAACUAUUCAUUAUAAGCUACCUCCACCCAACACUGGCUUGAAAACUUGGUCAUGUUUGUUAGACCAUGAAAGACAGCCAACCUGUGAAUGUCAGCCAACCGUGAAUGUCAGCCAGCUCUAUAGAUUUAUUGAUUAUGCUUGAGAUUAUACUCAAAUAAAAUUUUAAAAAAUUGACAGGCUUCGGGUAAUGAGGACAUGUAUGUGUACUAUAAAUAGCUGUAGCUGUAGGAUUCCAAGAUUUAAAAGAAAACGGUAUAUACAAUUUGGAUACUAUAUAAAAUUAAGAUAGGGCUUACUUUUAUCAGUAGCCAACAUUUAACAGUUUUUCUUGUCAACUUUAGAUACUUUUGAUUGGCAGCAAUGUUAGUCCUUUGUUUUAUCUGUGGUUCUGUUAAAUAUAGUUGGUAAGACUGCCUACCUCACUUGAUGCAAGGCUUAACAAGUCUGGGUUAACUUGGGAUAUUCUCCACCUUUCAUAAAAGCAACUGGGACUCUAGUCACAGAUUCCACAAUGAAACAACACAGGUCUGGUCCAAUGUGACACAGUAACUGUUAAGAGCCCUCCUGUGAUGACUGAAUAUUCCUAGUACUUGUGCGUGUAUACCUUGUCUGUGGCGUGUAAGUUUUGAAACUGCUGUGUUAAAGUCAGACUUUUUCUCCCUAAGAAUUGAACACUAAAAAUUGGGCCGUGUUUUGAAUUUGCCAUGGUGUGAGAUUAAUCCUCACAAACUUUAGUGAUCUGGCACUAGUUCAGUUUGGUCUACAUUGGCUUGAACACUGAGGUCAAUUGUUAUAUUGAGUUUGUUUACAUAAAUUUUCUCGUGCAUGCGCUCUGAUUGACCCCGCAUGAGACGCUGUGUUCACAGAUGGGUGUGGCUUAGUCUUUUGAUCUGUCGUGUUGAUGCAGACAGCCACUAAAAAUAAUUAAUCUGUUCCAAAUAGUAUUUUGUAGAAUGAUUGUGAUUGUUCUAGAAAUGCUGCUAGCUUCUCAAAGGCAGGGCUUAUGCGUCGGUAGACCCACUUAUAUAAAGAAUUGACAGGCUCUGGAAAGAGAAAAGGAGAUUCAGAUAGAUAUUAUUAACUUUAUGAGGCGUGUAUUAUUCCUUGUGUAUUAUUAUUUGUGUGUUCAUACUUAUAUGUGUUCAUUUCGCAUUCAUCAUUAUUCAUUGGCACAUUUUCUAACUAUUAACUGUGUACCGGUACAAGAUCUGGCAUACUGUAAGUUGAAGAUUGUCAUUAUAUUUUCUUUUCUUUUGUAAUUAUCUUAAGACAUAAUAAAUCUUUUUAAUUGUAACUGGCAACUGUUUUGGGUGUCGUAUCUUUAAUAUUGUUGACUCUAUGGUAUUGUCCUUUGUUAGGCACUGUUUACAAUGAGCCAAUAAAAUUAAAAUAGAUUAAUUUCUCAUAUUAGAAGCCAGUACGUAACAUCAAUAAUUAAUAAAAAUUACUUUUGCUUUAUGGCUUAUGAUUUGUGGUUGAACGCUAAGGAAAAAUGGGUCAACACUAUACGGGUGUCAAGCAAGUUUCCUUCUAUGGUACCAGUAUCCAAAAAAUGCGUGCUAAUUGAAGACAAAUGCAUUUGUGCUAAAUGAAGUAUACAAUUAAAGCUGGAAAGUGAUGGGCUGUGUUAUCCGACUGAAAGUGAUGGGCUGUUUUAUCUGACUGAAAGUGAUGGGCUGUUUUAUCUGACUGAAAGUGAUGGGCUGUUUUAUCUGACUGGCAAGCGAUAGGCUGUUUUAGCUGACUGAAAGUGAUGGGCUGUUUUAUCUGACUGGCAAGUGAUGAGCUGUUUUAUCUGACUGAAAGUGAUGGGCUGUUUAUCUGACUGGCAAGUGAUGGGCUGUUUUAUUUGACUGAAAGUGAUGGGCUGUUUAUCUGACUGGCAAGUGAUGGGCUGUGUUAUCCGACUUCAGUUUCUCAUUGUCUUAAAAUGACCGGGGUAGGGCCAUCCUCAUUUAAAAUGUUAGGAAAGUAAUUAAGAGAUUAUACAAUUCUUGUCCGAAUAUAUUAAUUGUGUAUCUUAAUCCUAUACCAAAAUUCUCGAUAAUCGAUACUGAAAUACCUGAUAAGAUUUCUUAGACUUCCAUGCUCAUCUGUGUUCACUGUGUGAUUCAUUGUCUUGAAAAUUAACAAUUAAGCAAAUGGAUUCCUACAUCACCUCCUUUUCUGCUGUCUUAAUUAUUGUUGUCUCCCUUCAGGAAUGCGUAUUUCUUCUGUGAAUACUGUACCUGUGAAUUGUCCUAAGAAGACUUUUAGCAUAUCGGUUGAUUGCUUGGUUAUGCCUCCAAAAAAUCUUCACUCUUUUGGGUUACAGCUUUUGUUCAUUUCUGUUAAUCAUGGCUUUACCACAGUCAAACCCUCUAGUUCUGGUUAUUUUUAAAAAAAAAUGUUUUCAAACCCUCUAGUUCUGGUUAUUUAAAAAAAAAUGUCUUAUCUAUUGUCCCUGAAUGUUGUAUGCAAUUUAUAUUUAAUCUUAAUUACACAAGACUUGUUUGCAAAUUCCACUGGGGACGAUAUGAUAUCAAAUGCACCUUUCCUCAGAUCACAAAUCGUGCCCCCCACCCAGUUCGGGAACUGCUGAGCAAACUCGUGCCAUAUUGAUAUGGUUCUAUGUAUACUGGAUAUAUCAAUUGCUCUAAACACCACCCCCCCAACCCCCACCCCUCUCCCCGGCUGAAUCGCAAUAGUCGGGUUGUUACGCUUGAAAGCUAAUGGAAAAUUAAAUCAAAGCAGGUCACAGGCAGAUGUAAACGAAUUGAAGUGUCAAUGUAGAAGGGUGAAGCUAUGCCGAAGAGAAGACAGUAAUCAUAUCAUUUGAAGACAGUAAUCAUAUCAUUUGACGUUGCUGUACUGAGACUUUGAAGAGACUUUGUUUUUCAUUGAGAUCAUCUCUCAGAAAAAUAAAUAAAUGGAGGAUAUAUUGCAUAAGACAGCUGAAAUAAGUUAUUAUGAAUAUCUGUGCGCAAUUCGUGCGACUUACUAAGACCUCACUAACUCAAGGGGCAUACGAGCCCGCAUGUACCGGUACUAUUCACCUUUUGUACUCCAUGCGAUUCACCAAGCUCAUAUUCUAAACGUCCAUCACCACUGUACUCCAUCUAGCGGUUUGCUUAAAACAGCGUUUGUCUGUGUCCUUCGACACAACUUGUCCGUUGCUUCCUUAAUAAAAAUUUGCAAUACUCUCCCGCUGACAUGCAUGUUGAUAUGCUAUACCUCACGUUCCAAACCCUUUUAAAGACUUGUUUAUUUUGAGUCGAGGACCCUGUAGAAAAGUCACCCUCGAUUUCAUUUUAUAGGAGCUAAAUUUUCCGCGAGCCAGAUAUAAAGUUAAAAAAAAAAUAAUGUUAAAUAAAAUUCAUCGAAAAUAUUGUUCUGUAUAAUAUAAUUCAAUAUAAUUCUAACUUGAGAAUUUUGCAUUGUUUGAAUAUUACAUCGUAAUGUUUGAAAUUGUACCUCGUUAAUAAAUUUAAAAAUUCAUGGUUGAUUUUUGGUGGAUGUCAACCUCUGUUUUCGCUUUGUUUCUCAAAUGAAGAAGAAUGAACACUGUCCACUACCGCAUAUUUAUGUUGAAGCAGAUGUAAUUAUUUUCGUAUUUUUCAAACUUGAAAGACACAUAUUAAAGUGGAAAUUGGUUGAAAGGCUUCACUGUAUCAGCCGGCGACAGACCCCUCAUUUCGGUCUGCGACCCAUGCGUUGGGAACACUUGUCUUAUACCAUUAUGCAAUAAAACAAAAAUGAUAGCAGUCACUAACGCAUGUAACUAAGAGGGAAGGAACAUAAAGGUGCCAUGAGUUUAGCACGCACGGCCUAGGAUCACAGCAACGGAGCUGUGCUCUAACAAAAUGAUCCCCCCCCCCCACCCCCUGUCUAAGGUUAUACUGUUUAGAUUUAUUGUAUUGGAAGUCUGUGGCGUGUUUGAUCUGAUUAGGUCAUUCUUACCAUGAAAAGAAAAGGUUUUGGGAAGGAACAUAAAGGUGCCAUGAGUUUAGCACGCACGGCCUAGGAUCACAGCAACGGAGCUGUGCUUUAACAAAAUGAUCCCCCCCCCCCACCCCCUGUCUAAGGUUAUACUGUUUAGAUUUAUUGUAUUGGAAGUCUGUGGCGUGUUUGAUCUGAUUAGGUCAUUCUUACCAUGAAAAGAAAAGGUUUUAUACAUGCCCACACAAGUUGAGAUGUCUUCAUUUAAAAUGUGUUGGUUUGGAACUAUACCUCCUGUGGUGUAGUCCUAAAAUUGACUAGUCGCUUAGUGCUUCGUGAUAUUUAAUGUGAGUAACGGUAGUUAUACGUUAUUUUCGUUAAAAUUGUUAACAUGUUUAUGAUCAGCAUAAUAUUAUGUGUGGCUUAUUUAUAUGUAUCACAUUUAGCUCAUCGUGCACUGCGGGACCUAGGAUUUUGUUUAGAUGUUGUUGAUUGGAUACAUUAAUGUAUUGUGAAAUGAAGGCAGUUCAAAAAUAUCUCAAUAUUUAUUCUCUCGCUAUAUUAGGCAGGGCGCUCUUGGUGACCCAAACAACACCCAGGUUACCCAAACAACGGAAGAAUUCUGAAAAAGGAUCUUUAAUUUACUUUAUAUCAGUGCCGAGCCUAGAGGUAUUUCCACCCCGUGCAGGAGGGUAUAUUUGUGUUACUAUAGAUAUAGGUCUGUUUUAUUUCUAAAAAACCAUUUUUUCUUAAGUUUGGCGCCCUUUCACACUAUUCACCCGAGGCAGGGGCUACGUUUGCUUCACUCUUGUCCUGGCCCUUGUUACUGUAAAAUAUGCCCGACACUCUGGGAACGAAUGUGUAAUUAAGUUUGGUUCCACUUAACAUGUUUCGGACUGGAAUUUAAGUUUCUUUUAAAAAAAUAAUAAUUUUUAAAAAAGCUAAUAACAAUCCACGCUAGUUUCCUGUUUAGUCAUUUGUCGAACCCUUAUUAAAAUACCUUUAUUUUUAAACCAUUGCUCCUGCCUGUGAUGUUUAUAUAACUUGGACUUUGAAACGCAUUGCAAACCCCCCCCCCCCAACCCACCGCCGGGGCCAUUCCCACUGCUUGUAUCCGUGGUCUUAGUCACGUCACACUAAACAUCGUUCACCCUGACACUACCCUUAUUAAAAUACCUUUAUUUUUAAACCCUUGCCCCCGGCUGUGAUGUUUAUAUAACUUGGAAUUUGAAACGCAUUGCAAACCCCCCCCCCCCAACCCACCGCCGGGGCCAUUCCCACUGCUUGUAUCCGUGGUCUUAGUCACGUCACACUAAACAUCGUUCACCCUGACACCCCCUUUACCUCGGAAGGUCACGUCCGUAGGGUAGUGUUAGAGGACCGUAUGAUUUUUAGAAGAAAUAUGUACGAUAAAGUGAAAGGAAGGAAGACAAACAAAAAAGGCCAAUCCGAGAUAAAAAGUAUUGCCAAUAACGUGACCGGAGAAAUAUAAAAGCUAACUGGGUGAAGUUUAAAGGUGAACUUAAUGCCGGGUAAAACAUGGCGCCGCAGCUAAGUUGGAGAAAAAAAAUCAAUAGAGCCAUGGCUUGAGUUGGAGUUACACAAACCAUACCGUGUGACGUCAUUAUGACGAGUAUUUUUUUUUCUUUUCUUUUGUUUAGCUGUGUUUUCUUGAACAUCAUGUUUUCUUGAACUGUUCUGUUAAAUAAAUGUUAUGUGUUCAAAAUUAAUUUUAUUGCCUUAUGCACUUGUUUUGUUUACAAAUUCUUAGUAUCUAAGCUGCAUGUUAUGGAUACUGGCUUGUCAAUAUUGGGUAUUGCUUUUUAAAACUUGGGUAUUUGGAUAGUAGCCAUUUCAGAACAAUUAACCAUUUGAAACACUUAAUCAAUGAGUGGAGCUGCAUCAGUUUUGUUUAACUGAUCAAACAAAUUUUAAUCUUUAGUCAAUAUUCUCUACAUAUAGUGUGCACAUCCAUUCACGCUCAGACUGUUAGGGUUAUUCAUAUUAAUUACUCAUUGUAGCAUAAAAGCUAGUAUAUAAUAGUUAAAGUUUAAAAAAAAUAAAAAAAAUUAGAAAAACAGGGUAGACAGAUUUUAUGCCUUAUAGUAAGUAUGAAUGUUUAAAAAGCUCUUUAAGGUUUUAAUCAGAGCUUUAAUAAGAUUCAGUUAUGAUCCAUGGAACAGUUGAGCCACCGCUGCUGAGCAAAGUUUUUUGUCUGUGUUUCUUGAUUGGGGAAAGGGUGCUGCUCCAGGAUAUACCCUAAGAAAAAGCCUGGCUUGAUCAUAUACUGAAAUGGAGAGGAACUACAUUUUAUAAAAUAGUGUAAAAACGUUGUACUUACAGGGUCUCAAUGGCGGGCUGUGAUUUGAUGCUUUGUAAGUAGCAUGGCUUAAACUUCUAGAGGCUUGUGACUACAAUUCUUAUGUCUUCUUUUUAUAAACAGUGUGUACGCCGAUACAAAUACUACUUAGGCCUUUUUGAACAGUCCUAAGCUAUCUGUUUGAACAGCACAAGCUAACUCCCUUGUACACAAUCCUGCACAAAAAUUUUCGUCUGGUUACCAGAUGGAUUCUGUUGUAAUCAGAUACAACUUAUGUGUUAUGAAAUCAUUGGACAACAGCUUAAUAUAAUGUUUAAAAAACAAUAGUCAAAUCUGUAAUUGUAAUUCUAAAGAAAGGAUGUGGAAUUUAUUUGUUUUUCUCACAUGUAAAAGUAUUGAUAGAAUCACUGGGAGUAAAAUGCUGCUGCUGUGUGUUGCUCUUAGAUUAUUAUUUUCAUGCGACUUUUGUUAUAAAGGGAUCAAAAAAAAGGGAUCACUUAAAUUUAAGGAAAGAGACCAAAUCUUUAUAAAACAAGAUAAGGCCAUAGUUUCACAGUUUCAGUUUUCUUAUCCAUGAGAAGGUUGAGUAUCACUGAACAAUUACUGUCAAUGCCUAAUUCAGGCAUUCCAAUCCAUAAUGGUGCAGUUAGCACAUUCAAGGUUAAAUUGGUUUACACUCUUAAAACAGUUUUUAAUUUGUUUUGUAAUAUGGUUAUUGUUGUAAAAUAGCUAAAUGUGGGGAGUGGAGGAAUGUUACUUUUUGGGGUUGAAAGAUGUAUAUUCCUGAUGUAAUUCUGAAUUGCAUAUUGAUAAUUAACAUUAAAUAGUUAAAAAAAAAGAAUCUAUUUUACAGUUUGGAGUUAUUUCAAACCUCAUUUAGGACACUGCAAUUAAUGUUAAACAUAUUAGGAUUUUAGCUUUCAGUAAAUGAAAGCAGUAAUCCAUUUGGCCAUGUUCCAAAAUGUUACGUUUGGAAAUGCUCACUAGUUACAAAUUGAAAAUACCAGGACAGCUUUAUUGGGGUUAUGAUUCACUUGUAUUUAAUCAAAAACUAGAUUUUUAUGGCCUUACAUUGCUACAACAGUGGUGCUGCUUUGGGGCUGAACAUUUAUUAGAUAAUCUUAGAGCAUUGUUUCUCAACCUUUAUUUUUUACACAUGGCCAAUUUAACAUUUUAUUUACCACUGUGGCCCCUUUUCUGAUAAUAAUAUACAAAAACUGCUAUUUUUUCAAAGCAUUGAUCCCUUUAUUCAAAAUUUUCAUAGGCCUUAAUAAAUAUGCCCAAUAGAACAACUUUAUAAGAACAUAUAAGAUAGUAGUUAAAUAAACGCUCAUGAUCAAAGGUAGAAAUUGAUGGGUUUUAAUAAAACCAUUUUGUUUUAUAUGAUCAUGGGGGGUAAGAUAUAAACUCACAUUCUACUUUUUCUAAUCACUUAUUCCAGACCUUCCAUUUUUGAUGUCGCAACCCUAGCUUAACUUAAUACAAUCUGAUAGUUGCUGGUUGGGCCAUUAUUGUCACAAUAACAUACACACAAAAUAUAAGGAAAUGGUCACAUAACUUUCUGCAAUUAAAAAUUAAAUGGAAUUUUUUUUCAUUGUUAAAGAAUUAUUUAAGGUUGAACUUCCCUUUAUUAAUAAAAUUAUAAUGAUAAUACUUAAGUAAUAAUGAGAAUAAUAACACACUGCUGUUAUUUAUCAGUGUGUUAAUUUACACAGACGUGUACCGGGUAUUAUGUACAGAUGCCAUUUGAUGUGUUUAAACCUUGGCUUCUGCUUCACCCACAGCCUAUGUAAGAACUACCCAUUGUUAUGCUCUAUUUACCCCAACCUUAAUUAGGGGCCACAUCCUGAACUUCAUACCCUCAUAGUGUAGUCUACAAAACUUUCAAAAUGUUCAAAAAGUUAUUAUACACCAUAACAUUAUGCAGCAUAAAAAUAAACUUUAGACAAUGUUCUUUAUAUAAGUGUAUAUAGUGUGCCCAUAAUGCAUAAGGCUUCAUAGUUGUUACUGUGGCAUCCUUAUAAAAGAAUCCACUCAUGUGAGAUUGACUACUCUUAAAGACACUAAAUUAUUUUGUUCUUUACUCAGUCACUUUAGUAGUAGCAACUAGGUAUUUUGCUACAUCAAACAACUGUAGCCUGUGAUGGCGUAAUGGCCUAACAAAAAGGAAUGAAUGAAUGGCACACUUGAUGAUAAUCACUUGAAAGAAAGUUAAAAUUUUGAAGUGUUUUAUUUAGUAGUAAAAAGAAGACAUUUCUAUUUUAUAUAAAGGAAUUAUAAUUUUUUUAUGAAUUCUUAUUUGGAAUAUUUCAUCUAGGUUACUGUGGUAGUUGUUUUAAUUUAUAAAAGCAAAACAUUGUCUUAAUUUUUUUAACAUUUUACCGUAAAGUCAUUUAAAAUAGCCAUAAUUUUUGUAUUUUCGGGGUGGAGUAUUCACAUUCAUAAUAUUGUGAUUCUUUAAAAUUAUGUAAUUUAAAUGCAGCUAUUGAGCAGAUAACAAAUCUUAAUGCAUUAAAGUUGCCAAUUUGAAGUAAAUUGGGAAUUUAGGCUAUGUCAAAAUCUCAUUAACUAAUGUUAAUGAUUAAAAUACCUGAUGAUGAAACAGCUAUUAACAGUAAUAAAACAAGAUCAAUUGGUUAAAUGAAUUUAACAAGUGAAGCCUAUGUAUUUUUUAGAUACUUUAAAAGAGGGACAAGUAUUAGAUAAAAUAAAUUCUUCUAGAAGAAACAUUUAUCUAAUAUCAUGAUGGUGGUUAUGAGAUAUCAAAGGCUAAUAACCCUUGCUCUUUCAUUGGAAGGGCGAUGCUCUAGCUUAGGGUUCGGCAAAUUAAAAAAAAAAAAUUUUUGAUUGAGCUAUUUUUAUGAUAUUUUUAGAGCUGCAUGUCUUGAAAGAUUAGUUUUCAAAAAAGAAAAAAAAGAAGCAGCAUCUAUUUCUUCUGGAGCCAUGGUUUGCUGAUCACUGUAGUAGAUGCUAACUAAUAAGUCCAAGUCAGUUUGCAUAUUUUUACAUUUCUAAUUUGAUCUCUAGGUACCUUUCUUUUUUCGGUAUACAAUUAAUGAAUAUUAUAUAAGGAUUGAACAUACAUUAUUAGAGCUCAUGUGUUGUCAUGCUGGGGACACAUGUAUAUUAAGCACAACCAUAAUUUUAUUUCUAAUGUGAUCUAAUGCUGAUUCCCCUUUCUUUUCAGGUUUAUUUUUUAUGUUAUUGAUUCUCCUUCAGCAGGCUCACAAUAGAGUAAUUGUUGAAAGAAAUGCCAAGUUGAGUGAAAACAAACAUUAGUAGAUUAAAUAAGGCAUUGUGAGUAAGACAUCAAUUAUUGAAACAUUUAGUAGCAGAAGAAGAAGAAAAAAAUCACAAUGGGGAAAGGAGGCCAAGGUGAAUCUAAUGGAAUCACUGUUUCAAGGAAGCUUGAAGAGUUCACCUGGGAUGUCAUCAAGGAAAAGACAACCAGGGAGGAGAAGUGGCUAGUCAUUGAUGGGGAAGUCUACAACAUUACUAACUGGGCUAGACGCCAUCCUGGUGGUCCAAAAGUCAUAAGUCAUUAUGCUGGUCAAGAUGCAACAGUAAGCAUUUGUGUUAUAAAUUGUCCUCUUAUUCAUAGGGUUUGUCAGGCUAGAAUUUUAAAUAAAUGUUUGUCAUACAUGCUAACCUAUUAGCAAUCAAAUGGAAGAUGCUCCUAGCAACUUAUUUCUGUUACUUAAGCUUACUUACUAUGUGAAAUUAGAAUCUUGUAGCUUAUAAUAUUUAACAAAUUUUUUUUUUCCUUACAAGGAUGCAUUCAAAGCAUUUCACAAUGACCUGAACUUUGUCAAGAAAUACAUGAAAGCUAUUCAUAUUGGCAGUCUUAAGGAUUCUCAAAGAAUAGUUACACCAAUAGAGCAAGACUUCAGAGAGCUACGGGAGACUGCAGAAAAAAUGGUACUGUCGAUGUAUGAAUUUUGUAAUCUAUGAAAUGAUGAGAAAUCUCUCUCAGUUCUCUAUUCAGCUAAAAUACUUUGUCCAAAUGGAACUACAGUUAAAAGCUUCCUUUCUGAGCACUUUGCUAUUACAAGGUUUUAGAAUCAAUUAAAAUAUAGGUGUGUCACGUGUAUGUCGGCAAUAUUUGUAGCGUGCAGCAAUCAGUUAUAAAAAUCUAAAUUUAAUAGUGAACUUUAUUUUCGAAUUUAAAAACAUUUGGUGCUGGUGGUAAUUUCCCACCACUGAGUUAAAACAUGAUUUUAAACUCUUAAGCCACAAAAUUGAUGAGUUUUUAUAUACUAAUUUUGCCUUUUUUCUCUAUCAAUUUACCUUUUUUUUUUCUCUCAACACAGGGACUGUUUAAACCCAGCAUACUUUUCUUCUCUCUACACAUGUUUCACAUCCUAUUUUUAGACUGGGCAGCUUGGGCUACUAUGUACUAUUUUGGUACAGGAUGGAUACCUUUUUUGAUUUCACUUCUUUUAAUAACAACUGUAGAGGUAAGAAGUUUUCACUUUUAAUUUGGGUUUGACGUUUAGCAGUAGUGAAAUUUUUAGAAAUUUUUUCUAGUUCUGAUAUUGAAUGGUGGGAAAAUUAGUUUUGUUAUUGGAAAUUUAAGUUUAAAAUAUCUCUAUUUUUUAAAUUUAUAAAAUCAGAUGUGAUAAAAUAAAAAAAGAAAUUGGUUUUUAAAUUUGGUCUAUAAAUUUGAAGAUUGACAUUGAAAGUAAGUUAUAUGCCAAACAUGUAUUUCAAGGAAUCUCUUUUUGUUUACUCAAAGUACAAAAUUUGCAUUGUCAGACACUCAUGCUUAAUGUCUUUGCUUGUUAGUUUAGCAUGAGUGUCUGAUACAACUGACAGACAACAUUUUCUAAUUUGAGUGCAGUAGAAGAGAGAGUGAUAUUGAACAAGAAAAUUGUGUAAAUUUUGUUGUAUCUGCUUUCUUUUCUUGCACAUGAUCGUUGUUAAAUUGAGGAAAGUAACACUUGCUAAUUGACACAAAUCUCAGGAAAAAAAUAUGGUUUAAAGUUGUUUUUUUAUUAGAAUGUGGAUCCAAUCUCUUUCCUCUGUCAAACCAGCUUAUUGACCAGCCUACCAAACUUAUGAACCCAUUAAUUCUGUGAAGUAAAUAUUUCAAUAUAUUAAUUUACUCCUUAGUAUUUAAAUUAAAAAUUUGAUUCUUACUAUAUCUGUAUUUGAAUUGGUAAAUUGAGGAUCUCCCAAAGUUUGGUUUAAUAUUACAUACCGUGAGACUAAGCUGAGCACCACACUAUAAAACAACAAACCAUUCACUAUUCAUGUCCAGUUAAAGGUUUUACGUAAAUAUUGUUGUCUUAUUCAUGUGUUAAUGACCAUUAAUUUUUAUUUGUAGCAUGUGGCAUUAUUAUUACAGGCUACAGAUGUAACCAUGCUUCAGGGAAUACUUUAAUAGACUCUGUAUUUUUCAAGGUUGAAAUUUGAAAAGAAAAGCAUUAAAGGAAGCAGAAUGCAGGUUUUUAUUUUUGUGGUAUCGGUUUGUGCAAAUUUCAUGAAACCAAGCUCUGAGACCAUUUAUUAGCAAUAACUGAAGCAAUAUGUCAAACAUACAUUAUAUUUUUAUAUCUUGAUGCUGUUCAUCACAUUAACAUUGCUUUUCUUUUAGCAGAUUCUUGAAUAUGCAAGUGAAACAUUUCAUUUCCCCCCUGUAUUAUGUUAUUAAAAUUUUAUUUAAUUACAGGAAUGAUGAGUGGUUUUUUGCCAUAUAUUCAAUAUUUCAAACCUUUUUUCACGCCACAAUAUGUAUUAAAUUACAAUAACUGUUACAAUCGAACCAUUUUUGUAUUGAUAUGAAAUAUAUUUUCUCUCUCAAGCACAUCUCAUUAACCAUGAACAUUGAUAUGAAAUAUAUUAUCUCUCUCAAGCACAUCUCAUUAACUAUGAACAUUGAUUCUUGCUUAAUCCUGUAUUCAAAUACCCUUUUACUCUCUUUCAUUAGUUACAGAAAUCUUUAAAUCAAAAGUGGUCAUUGCUUAACUAGUAGGUGUUUGGUUUUGCCCUUUGUUUAGAAUGCUAUUGACAUUCAUGUGCCCUUGCAUGUUACUAACAGAUUUAUUAUCCAAGAAACAAGCGAAAAACCUUAACUACUCAUUUCUGUAAACUGCUUCCAAGAUAGUUUUUUUUAAACUCUACUAUUGUCGAGAGACAUCUCUGUCACUAUGAGACAUCUCUGUACUUAGACAUCUGUCUCCUUAAAAAAAAAAAAUUGAUAUGUUUGCAAGACCUGUCAUGUCAAGCAGGAACUUGUUCACACAAUGUUACAAAUACUUUGUGAUUCUGACACUUUUUUUUUCUCUACCCUCCUUGGAAUAAUGGAGUACAAAAUUCACACUCAGAAUCUUUAUUUAAAUUGUUACCAGGCAAUAUGUUUUGGCAUAACCUAACACUACCUACCUUUACCCCCAUCAAUUGAUCACAGCUUAAUACUCACCAGUGAGACUAAAAAAAAAUAUUUGAGAAAAAAAUUGAUUCCCAAUGCCUGAAUUAAGUAACUAUAUUUUAUUAUUUUGGAGCUGACAUGCUUGGACAUCUUGUAGCUGUUAGAUUCAAACAUUAUUAUCUUUCUAUAUAUCCCAGAUUAUGUUUUUAUUAGCAAUGCACUCACUACUAAAAGUAACUUUUUUUUAUACAGAUGUUCAACAUGAAAAAGGGUGUUUUAAAUUUCCCCUGUUUGGGAAUAUUAAUUUAAAUUUCAGGGAAGAUUUUUGUAUUCUUUAACAUUGACAUUAGUCCUGUAUGUUUGUGGAUGGAUACAUACAUAUAUAUAUAUAUAUAUAUAUAUAUAUAUAUAUAUAUAUAUAUAAUAAGAGUAUAUAUAUAUAUAAAUGUAAUGUGAAUAGGAUUAAACAUUUAAAAUAUGGUAGAGGGCUUAAAAAAGAAACAUUGAAGAAUAUUUAAAUUUCAGGGAAGAUUUUUGUAUUCUUUUACAUUGAUAUUAGACCUGUAUGUUUGUGGAUAGAUACAUACAUAUAUAUAUAUAUAUAUAUAUAUAUAUAUAUAUAUAUAUAUAUAUAAUAAGAGUAUAUAUAUAUAUAAAUGUAAUGUGAAUAGGAUUAAACAUUUAAAAUAUGGUAGAGGGCUUAAAAAAGGAACAUUGAAGAAUAUUAAGUUUAGGAAGCUUGUUAAAAUAAUUAAAUUAAAUCCUUAAUCUGGAGGUACUAUAUCAUCAAAACAACCAGUUACUUUUGUGUGUUAUAAUAUUACGAAUCCUUCAAGUAAAUGAAAUUCCUCUAUGGAAAUUGAAUUGCAUAGGAUUAGAUUGCAAGUUUAAAACACAAAUCUUACUGAACCAUACAACGCAUAAUUAAUGACAUACACUAACUUUAUUAUUAGCAAAUUAUUCUAAGAAACAUAUGUAAAAAGCCACUAAACAAAUAAGCCUUUUUAAAAAUUUUUUACAGCUGUAUGUAAAGACAGUUUUAUAAAACAUUCAUAACAAAAUAUUUAAACAUUAAAGUGCCUUGGUGGAGCAAGCCAGGCAGCUGUAAGCAUGUGAUUAGAAUUUUUGCUACCCGGUACUAUCUUUUAGUAUAUUAAAAAAAUAGUAUCUAAAUUAUGUAAUGAAAGUUAUGUUUAAAUUUGUUUUUUUUAAAAUAUUGUUAACCUUAUUUUGAAGUUUAAAUUUGAGGGAGGAAUAUGCAUUUUCCCAUUUAUACAACUAUUAAAAAAGUGGAUAUAAUAUUUUAGCCAUGCAGUAUCAGUGAAUAUGAUAAACAUAACUAGGUUAGGGAUGUUCAUUAUCACAUGCUUAUUGCCCACAUGUCUAAUGAUAACCCUUUCAUUGUCUCCUUAAUUAAUGUCCUCCAAGGCACAAUGCAGUUGGCUCCAGCAUGACUGUGGUCAUUUGUCAGUGUUCAGAAAGUCCAGAUUGAACCAUGCAUUACAUUACUUUGUUAUGGGUAUGAUGGAGGUACAGUCCUUUUGAGCAUUUGAGUUACCUUUAUUACUCUUAUUAUUAUUAUCAUCAUCUUUAUCAUUGUUGUGUUCUUGUCUACAGUUCAGCAAUUAUCAAUGUUGCCUCAGGCUUUUUUUUUUCUGUACUCAAAUGUUAAAACUAGGUCCUAAUUACAUGGUUAAAACAUUUUCUAAAUAGUGGGAAAACUAAAAUUAAAAAAUAUUGCUUCUAAUCUAUAUUUUGAUCCAAAUAAAAAAAAAAAAACGGCAUCAGAAAAGAGCAACAGUAAAAUAACUAGCUAUAGUAGGGUAAUAUACUUUAUAACAUAAAUGGAAUACACAAAAACAACAACCCAUUAAUUAUAUGGUUAAAACAUUUUCUAAAUAGUGAGAAAACUAAAAUUAAAAAAUAUUGCUUCUAAUCUAUAUUUUGAUCCAAAUAAAAAAAAAAAAAACGGCAUCAGAAAAGAGCAACAGUAAAAUAACUAGCUAUAGUAGGGUAAUAUACUUUAUAACAUAAAUGGAAUACACAAAAACAACAACCCAAGAAACUAACUGAAUCCAUGGCCAUGUCAAUUAAAAUAGCUUAAACCUCUUUAGUUAAUUUUUAAAACUAUUUAAAAAUCUAUUUUUAAAACUAUUUAAAAAUCUAUUUUUAAAACUAUUUAAAAAUCUAUUUUUAAAACUAUUUAAAAAUCUUUGGAACGAAUUGUCAUAUAAAAUACAAAUCUCAAUUACAUUUAAAAAACUAUCAAUAGAAGCUAAGAUCAUGAAUUAGAAGUAUCCUAAUGGUUUCAAUACUUGCAAUAUUAGAUUGUAGAACCGAACUACAAUAUUAGAUUGUAGAACCGAACUACAAUAUUAGAUUGUAGAACCGAACCGCCGAACCGAACAUUUCAAAUAGCAUUAUAGCUCCUUUUUUUCUUUACUUGUAACUACAGUAUUUCUGCCUGUCCCUGCUUGGUUGUGUUACCAAUAUUGUACCUAGCAGUAGCAGAUCACAUAGUUCUUUUGUACUUUUGAUAGUUUAAAAAAAAUUUUGUUGUUUAUUUUGGUUUCUACACUCAUAUUGCUGGUCAUCUCGUUCAUCUUUGGUAGACAUGUAGUGGUUGCGUUAAAGUUUUUGUGAUUUGCCUAACUCAUUUGAAAUGGGCUUUUGUGAAAUUGAUUAUUAUUUUAGAUGUGUUUAAAUUUUUUUAAACAAAUAAGUUUUUGAAGCUAUUAAUACUUUAUUAUUAAAUUAUUCACAGUAUUCAACAUGAAAUUAUAGUACAUAUGCUCCUCAUUCAAAGUUGUAUGUUUUUUCCCUCCCCAAUCUUAAAUUUUGAAACUCCAUAUACAGAUAGGUAAAGGUCUAUAAGCUCGCUGCAAUGUUGGUAUGAUUUGGUAGUCAUUAAAUGUCAUUCAUCUUAAAUUUAAAUACAAUUUAUAUUGUUAAGUACAAUUUUAAUUGUGUUUAGUUGAAAUUCAUUGGGUGAAAAAGGAGGAUUUUCUGGUGGUGUGAGGGUAUUUUCUUAAAGGUAGAAUUAUUUUUGACUCUCUUUCUGUUCAAUCGAUGUGCAGGCUUUGUUUUGCAUCUUUUUAUUAUGGAAAUACUUCUUCCUUUUAACAAAAGAAAAAUGUGUCCAUUACUUUUUAUAUCCUUGCACUUGUGAAAUAACGAAGCACAUGGAUUUAGAUGUUUUUGUGUUGGGUUUUCAUUUAUACCUUUCAGUAAUAGGAUUAUUUUCAUUUCCAUAAUUUAAAUAGCCUUCUUUUUUCUUGUUGUUGAAUCUCUUUUGGCAUCCCCUGGCACUAAAUAGUUUGUAAAAAAAAAAAAAACAUAAGAAACUGGGUAUAGUAUGACUGCAGCUAGUUUGUAAUGUUAUGUAAGUGCAUGAUGAUUUUUGCAUAUUUCUUUUCUUUAAAAAUAUUAUGCAACAAUUAUUUAAGUUAGGAAAACACACUAUUUUGAAUAUAAGCUUAUUGGAGCUUUGAAAUUUAAUUUUGAAAUGUAGAAAACAGUUAUAUUUUUAUGUAAUGUUGAUAAAAAUUUGUAAAUUAUUAUUGUGAUCAGAAAAACCUAGAAAAUCAUUCUAGUUUUUUUACGCAAAUUGAAAAGCAAUUAAAUCUUUUAUAUUAUAUUAUUUAUUGCGAUGGAGAAUUUAGUCUUACAUGCCACAUUCAUCAGUGUUUGAUGGUAAAGUAUGGCACACACUGUUUAUUGUGGAUGGAAAUAAGGUACACCUAAUGCCUAACGUGUCUUGGGCUGACCUAACCAUGACUAGUGAAUAUUGCUUAAGUUAUAGCUAAGAGAAUUUUAAGAGAAUCUGGUAGGUUUGCAGCAAAUUAGUUUAUUUUUAAAAUAAAAGUCCAGCACGCAUCCACCAUCACAACUGGUUAUGUCUUAAAACAAUUCUACUCAUGCAUUGCAUUUUUUAUUUUGUUCUACUUUUACUAGCUGCACUUUAAUUUAGUUGAUAGCUAGGCUCCCUUUGGUUUGCAUGUUGUAUGGUUAUCUUGCUGCUCCAAUUAGAUGUAUUUAUAUAGUUUGCAUUAAUUAUUCGUUUUAUCAGUAUGGCAGAGGGCAUUUAAAAAUGGUCAAAGGAUGUUCAGACUUUAACCAGGGAAGGUCAAUAAGAGCCAAGAGUUAAAAUAUAUACAGGAUUUAUACAGAAUUUUAAAGUCUUUAGAUUGUCAUACUGAAAAAAUAUAUUUAAAUGUAGAUUGAGAUUUGGAAUGAGUGGUCUAGGUACUGACAAAUGGUAUAGUAGGGUUAAGUUAGGAAAACUACACAUGGGUUGGUAUGAAUAUAUGCAUACACACACAGAUUAUUUGUCAACCCCCUGUUAUGAAAUCCUUUUUUGCGAUGAGAUUGUUUUAUAUGGUUAUCACUAUAUGAAAAUUUUUUUUUUAAAUUCUCAAAUUACACAGGCUGAUAACAAAUGAGGUAGAUAAUUCAACGUUCAAAAUGACUACACUCUUAAAAUAGAUGUGUUUAGAGUUUCUUCCCCAUUCAUUUUAAAAUAAAUAUUUUGGUGAAAAACAUGUUUUCCUAUUUAAUAAAAUAUAUAUAACCCCCCCCCCAAAAAACCCAACAAAAAACAACAAACAAACAAUAAGUUAAUAGAUUAAUAAUGAAAGUAAAUACCUUUAAAGUAUGUUGGUGGGCUCAAACCUUUCUGGGGCAGGUUUUUUGUUUCAGUUGUGAGUUCUUAAGGGCUCAUUUUUAUAGAUAAAUAAUUGAAAAGUUUCACAAAAUGCUUGCAUGGAUGUAUGUUGAUAAAUAUUUAAAAAAAACAAACUAAGAAUAUCCUGUAGAAGCAUGUAAAAUGUUUUUGUUUUGCUAACCCUAUUUAGGUUUUGUCAUGGGCAUUGAAUGAUGAUGUAAAAACCGUUUGUAUAUGAUAAAGGGACAUAUUAGAAAGUAGACAAGCAUUCAUUUCUUAAACUGGUAAUUUUUUUGCCAAAUUUACAUGACACAAGCAGAAAGGACUACAUAAGAUCAACUUACAAAAUCAAAACAGUUUCAUGAAAUAUUGCUAUGGAAACUUGUGUCACAAAUAAAACUUAAUUAUGGAAAUUUAAAACCCAGAAGUUACUGAUAUGUUAAAUCUUGGCAAAGUUUAAAUUAUGACAAUAUCAGAACUUUGACAAUGUCUUACUUUAUUGGGAUGGUAGCAUAAUUUAAGGAUGGUAGCAUAAUUUAGGGAAAGUAGAGCAAAACAGAAUACAAGUCACUUAUGAUAAUUUUGUUGAAUAAUUCUUAGCUAAAUUUGCCUUGCAAUCAUAUCAUCAGUUUUCAAAAUAAGAAUGUUUUACUUUGGAUUUAGUUGAGUUUAGAUCAGGUGUUUUUACAAAUAAUUAGGAAUAAUAUGUAACCAUUUAGUUUUUAAAAAAAAUCAUUGAAGUAUAAUUAGCAUAAAAAUAACAUUUGAAAAUGAAAUAUUUUUUUGUUGCUAAACCAUUGAUGUAAGCAGAGAAUUUAAUAAUUGAUAUUGCUGAUGAUUGACAUUUGGAUAAUUGCCUAAAACUUUUCAUACUUGAGUACCUUUGUUGUAUCUAACAUUUGACAACUUCAUUCUUUGUAGUUUCAAGUCUAGAAAUUUAAUUAACAUCCACAUUUUAGCUCAAAAGAAUUUUUAUCAUAUAUUUAUCUUGGUCUUGCAAACUGUGACAACAUGCUUGUAACCCUAAUUACUGUUCUCUCUAACCGUUUCAACCCCUGUUCUGUAAUGCAAAGCCAAACCUGAUAUUCUAAGAAUACUCAGAUUUGGGCUUGUGUCUACAGUAGUAAGCUAAUAUCUUGUUGUAGGCCUUAAAAAAUCUCUUUCCAAUAACUCAAACUUUGGGCUAUUUCCAUUGAAAAUGUUUUUGUAAAUUUUGGGCCUUGGCCAACUGUUUAAAAUUAACUCAAUUGCUGCCCUGCUAAAAAUUAAAAGUUCUUUAAAUAAAUAACAUUUUAAUCACUAAUAAAAAUGUGUCCUACAUUGUUUUCAUACGUAACAAAUGGACCUUUAAAAAUAAACAAUUCAUAAUCUAGUUGGAAUACAGGCCAGAUUUUCACAUGAACAUUUAGUUGAGCAAUUUUUUGGAUAUUAGGAUUUACAAAUCCUAACAUUCAACUGCUCUCAUGUUUUUUCCCAAUCUCUUAAUGCACUAGCAACCCCAUGUUAAUAUUUUACUCACACUUGUUUCUUUUUUGGGUUUUUUUUUUCAUUGAUUAUUUAUUCCACCCAGUUUUGGCUGCUAGCAGAGCUGUCUUGGCAAGAACUUUUCUGAAGAAGAUUUUUGUUUCCUGUUACUCUUCUGUACUCAAAAGUCGUUACUUUCAGGAAGCUGGACUCCAUGGUCCAUGGUUUCAGCUAGGUCUCCAUGCCAUCAGAUGCUCCCAUAAAAGAUAGUGAAUAUGACACAAUGUGGGAUGAUCUCUUCAGCAGCAAGUGAAAUAGGUUUCUUCUGACCCCUGACAUGUUGCUGCGACUAGGAUGGAACCAGUGAAGAGCCUACUCUCAUGGCUAAGAAAUAUCGUAGUUGAUCAGUUAAAAACAUAAACCAGAUUUUUUUUGGCCAUUUUGUCUCUUCCUCGUCUAGGCUCAGACGGGCUGGAUCCAACAUGACUUUGGCCACUUGUCCGUGUUCAAAAACUCUAAGUGGAAUCAUGUAUUGCACUAUUUUUCUGUCGGGAUAAUCAAGGUAAUGGACGAGUUACCAACAUACAGGUGCCCUGAGACUUUAGUGUACUCUCAUGUGAAUACUUGGCAUGAUCUCUUCCUCCACAGUGCAUGUCAUAGUGUUAAUUUUUUUUUGUCUUGUUUCUUGACACUUCCUUUUGAUUUUGAAUACUUGAAAUCUAUCUUUCCUUUUCUGUCUGCCUAGGCUUCAUAAAUAAACAAAUAAAAAAAUUAUCUUAAAAAGGACACUCAAGGCGAAAAGAGGGGGUGGGGACAAAACAAGAAAAUGUUUAAUCUAAGGUAAAUUUUUUUAUUUAAAAAGUUACUAGAAAUGUUUUUGUAUUUUAAAAAAAAUUAGUAGUAAAUAGAAGAAAGUAACAAUUUAAGAUUAGAACAAGUAACCCCGAUAUUACUGGCUUUUAGCAUAAUGAAUAUUGCUUAUUUUGCUUUUUGUUCGCUUUUGCUUUUGUGACCUUGAUUUUAAGGAAAUGUUUUAGAUUGUUUGGCACAUCUUGCUUAGAGAUAAAUGCACAGUGUAAUGUUUUUACUGAUUUGAACACAAACUCUUUUUGAUUGCAAUAUGUGAAAGGAUUAAGUUGAUUAAUCUGAUUGUGAAGUUCUCACUUGAAUAAAUAAAUAGUGGAACAAGAUAUUGAUAGGCUUCAAAAAAAAAAAAAAAAAAAAAAAAAAAAAAAUAAAAAGACAGGACAAUUAAACUGACGUUUCAGCUUAAUGCCUUGUGCAGUAGACAAUAUCCAAACCAGAAAUAACAAAUUAUCUUAAAUUAAAAAACUUAAGUGUAUCCAGAUCUCAAUGUAGCUCUCUGUCUCCUUAGAAACUGGUGUUUAAUAUUUUUAUUAUUUCAUAAGUUUCUUUAAACAAAAAAAUUUUUCCUUUUCAUGAAAACAAAUAUUGGUUUCUUUAGAGACUCUGAGAGAGCUUCAUUGAGAUCUGGAUAUUCUUAAAAGUUUUAAAUUCCAAAUAAUUUAUUUCUUGUAUGUGGGAAUUUACUUUGAAGUUGUAAAUGAAUCUUUCACAAAUAGAGUAAUAAAAAUAAUUUGACAAUAUUUUCAUCACCUAAAAAUAAAUUAUAAACAUUUUGGUGAUAAUUAUUUUGGUUUUCUUCAUUAUUGAGUGACCUUGAAUUUUAGUGUUGGUGUGUUCAGUUUAGCACUAUAGCUAUGGGGUGUGAAAAUGACUGCUUUCAUUAUUAAGGAAUUGACAGUGGUGUGAAAAUAUCAGCUAUGCAUUGUCCUUGCCUUUUCCUUUGGCUGAUCUGUUGUCUAAUUCCAUCAUUUUAUUUGGAUAAUGCUGAAAUCCUGAUAUCAUACAUCUCUUUUUAAGUCAGAAAUUUUGAAGAUUUAUUUUUAGAUUAUUUUCUCAUUCUUGAUAGCAUAAUUUGUCUUGCCAGGUGUGAUUAAAGUCAUUUCACGGAGUCUGAGCUUAUGUUAGUAAAUAGACAUUUUUUUUUCUCACUAUUUGGUAAUCAAGUGUGUGUGCAUUAAGUCUGUCAACUUAUUUUGCCAUGUGGAUGUAAGAAAUACAAGUGGGAAAUAAUUAAUCAUUAUCAGAGAUUGUGCAUUUAGGUUUCAUUGUUUAGCCAGCUUGCCAACUAAAUUUGUUUUGAAAUCUUAUCAAAAUACUUCAGAUCCAUUCAUUAGUUCACAAUUUUAAUAUUUUUUUGUCUAAAAGAAGAUUGCUCUUUUGAGAAUUUUUUUUUUUUCUCUUUACAUGAAGUAUUGCCCAAGUUCUUUGCAAUAAGAUUGCAUCAACUUAAAAAUAACAAAAUGAUAUCGAGAACUUAUUCUUUACUUUAAUAUAUUAACAAGUACAUUUUUGAGAGCAGUUCUUGGUCUGUUGAGGAAUAACAAAUUGCUUAUUUAAAAAAGUUAUUAUUUUAUUCAAAACCAAUACAAAACAAAAAAAAAAAUAAUAAUUUUUUGUUAAAAGAAAGAAGACCAAAUGAAAGUAAUUUUUCUUUUCCCCUCAGCUGGUUAAAUUACACCAGCGGGAGACUCCUCCAAAUAGUAUAAUGGCAAAUUAAACAUUUCUUUGGGUCAUAGUUGUUAGUUUUGUUUUUGCCAUUAUGAUAACACAAAUGUAAAAUUCUGAGACUGUAAUAAAUCAAGAGUAUUGAACCUAUUGCAAAUGCUCUAAUCAUCUGACCAAAGGGUUCCCCCCAUACCAUCAUAGUGUGUGAUAAUGGCAGAAUGUAGUGCACAAGUUAUUUUGUUGGUACCUUUCAAAGCAUUACCAAUAUUUUUUUUUAGAUUUUAAAAUCAAUUUAUUUUACUCAGGGUAAAACAAGUACUUUUUAUUUUAUUUCAUAUGGAUCUGCAUCUGCCCUUUAUCUUGGGCAAAAGACAAUAAAUACCCCACUAGCUACUGAUUAAUUUUAAAAUUAUUUCCACUCUCAUUAAAUGAUUGAAUCAUUAGAAAAAUAUUUUAGAUUAAAAAAAAAUUGCACUGUAGUUCCAUUUUUGUUAAAAGUUUGCUUCGCUUCAAGUUUAUUUCCUCCACAUAGUCACUAGAAUAAGUAAUCUUGAAAAUAACAUAAGAAUAAGAUAAUAAAGCACUUUAUAGACUUAUGUAAUGUUAAGAUAUGUCAGAAAGCAGGUGAGUAUUAUAUCUGGCACAUUCUUAUUAUUUAUCAUCAUUCAUAUAAGAAACAUUUUCUUUAUGGUUAAAUUAUUUGUUGAAUUCUCAUAUUGGAUCAAUGAACAACCAAAAUUAUAUUGUUAUGUAAGAAGUACACUGCUACAAUUACUUAGGCUGGACUUGUUAAUACUAAGGAUAGCUUUAUUUCUGUCAUCUGUCCUUUGAGAUGUGCUUAACAAAACCCAAACGGGUCUGCUAAUCUAGGUUCAGAAUUACAUAAGUUAAUCUGUUAGAGCAUUGACACCUAGCUAGAAGUUAAGUUUUUACUCACCCAGAAAAUAACUAGCUAUAACAACUAUAAACUUGUGAGUGGGUUACAUGCCAUGGAAUCAUAUUCUAUAAUUAAUAAACCAAUGCCGAUUUAAAAUUAUUAUUAAUUCUUAUCUGCAAGUUCAACUGGAUAUAGGAUCUACAUAGGAUCUAUUGUUAAUUUCAGAUCAGAUAAAAAAGUAAAAAAAUUUAAAACUAAUUUUGCUUAAAAUAGAUAUUUGUAAGGAAAGAGGCAAAGACAAUUUUAUUUUCUUCUUUUAACUAUAUUUUUCUUAUAUUUCUUAUUAUUUUGUCAUCUUUGUCCAAGUUUUUUCUAUCAUCAAUGUGUCCACUACAAUAAAUGUAAUAUCAUUUCUUUCAUUUAUUUAUAUUAUUUUAUUUAUUAUUGAAUAAAUAUUUUAUUUGUUUAAAUAUUUUAACAUUAUUAGUAUAAAUUUUUCAAUUUAUACUUUAAAAACUGUGAAGAUAACAAAAUUUUCUGAAAAUUUAACAGAUUAGGAAUAUAUAAUUUAUACCUUAGAUAUAUUCUUGGAUGUUCUGAUAUCAUUUGCAGUAAACAACUAUGAAUGAAAAGAUUAUUUAACUUAUAGAAACAUCAUAAUUUAUUAUGAAGUUAAUAUUAAUCUUUAUUGAAAAUCAGCCUAGUGAAAAUUUAAAUAAUAAAUUAGGCCAUUGCGAUUAAGCCAUUCAUUUUUUUGGUACAUUUUUACCCUGUUUAAAAGAAUACACUUGCAUACUUUUUGUUUUCAUAAUUUUACACCAUUUAAAAGUAUAAAGUACAAAUGAUACAGAUUUUUAUUUUUAGCUUACUUUUAAACCCUGAACACAAUCUAAAACAAACAGAUUUUAUUUCAUACAGGGUGCAUCUCCCUCAUGGUGGAAUCACAUGCAUUACCAGCAUCAUGCCAAGCCUAAUGUGGUAUGUACCAUUAAUUAAUCAAUGUUACUAGUGCUAUGUACCAUUCCCAGACACCUGUGGUAUACACUGAUAGGUCUGCUAAUUAUUGGAAUAAACUUCAUAAAAGGGUUAAACGAUAAUUAUGGACUAGUUUAAUUUGAUCAAUAUUUUUACAUAAUAAGGAUGAAUUAAAUGUACUUUAAAGUUAUAUCCAGGAAACCGUUUGAUCUAUGAAGAAUGAUUCUACUUAUUUUCUAAAUAUUUUAUAUUAACUUCGCUUUUGUUUAUGUGUUUCUGACAAAAUUUUUGUAAUGCUAUUGACCCACUUGGCACAAAGACUUGUUGCUGGACAACAACACAUUCUAUCAAGUUUUCAUCCCACCCCACACCCCCAAAUUUUCCUCUUUUUUUUCAGAGUGGGGUGGGGGGAGAGAAUGUUAACGAGUUGUACUAUGGGUGCGUGUUUUGGUGUGUAGAUUGUGUAGCCGUUGCUGUUUGCCUUGUAUUUGUAAUGUAUUUGGGUAUGCAGUAAAAAUAAAAUCUAUUUUUGAAGGGGAAUUGAAGGAAACAUGAAAUGUCUUUUUGCCAGAAGUUUACCCAUUUACAUAACAGCUUCUUAAUAAAUGAUAAAUUCAAUUACAUAAAUGCAAAAAAAAAAAAUGCAUAUAAUGGAUUUAUACGAAAAACUUUGUUUUUUGGGUUGUUUAAUUUUCAUUGUUAGAUUUACAAUAUAUUAAGUUUACAUGUAUAAUACAGGGUUUACAUGCAUAAUACAGGGUUUACAUGCAUAAUACAGGGUGACAAAUGUCUGUAUUCCGUCUCAUUUAUGAGAUGAUGGCACACAUGCUGUUGAUAUAGACAUGUGUUGAUGGGUCAUCAAUCAACACAACCUACUGUUCAAAUACUAAAUAUAUAUAAAUGCAUUUCAAAGUAGCGAUGGUGAGAGUUAAGUGAUGGCAUUCCAUGUGUUGAUCAGAUUCUUAUCUUUAUCUUGUGUGUCAUGUCAUUGAAUUUAUGUAUAAUUUGAAUUGCUUUUCAGAUUGAUAAAGACCCUGAUGUCCGUGUGGAAGCUUUGUUUGUUGUGGGUGACAACAUGCCUGUUCAGGUGGCCAAGAAGUACAAGAAGAGUAUGCCUUACAAUUGGCAGAACUACUAUUUCUUUCUUCGUAAGUCGGACCUUAUUUGAAAUUUGGUUCAUUUUAUGCAAGAGAACUGCAUUUGUUUUUAAUUAUUUAGUGCAGUUGUUUGGUACUGGCUUAUUUUUCAUCUGUUAAUGAAACAAACUUUUAACACAACUCAAUAAUUCUUAAUUGCUAAUAAGUUGUUAGACAAUGCCAUUCACUGGGUGAAAGGUGGGAUGUAUAUAGAGUUGAGAUGUAUCAAUAAGUCUUUGGCCAAUAAUAAAAUUUGGAAUUUUUGUCCAAAGAUAAGCAGCAAGGGAAAAAAAACAAUUCUUUCUUUCUUUAAGAUUCUUGAAAAUGUUGCCUUAAGUUGUUUUUAUUUCUUGAUAAUUUAAAUCAAUUUUAGUUUAAAAUAAUUUAAAGAAGAUCUUGUACUUAAUUGUAGCAUUAAAAUCCUGCAUUUUAUUCUUUUUCUCUAGUUGGACCACCCCUUCUGUUUCCAGUAUACUUUCAGAUCAUGUUAUUUAGAUACAUUUUUACAAGGCGAGCAUGGAUGGUAAGUCUUACUGUUUAUGUUAAGCAAGGCUUUCAAGCUUGCCAUAAAAGCUAGAAAUAUAAAAAUAUGCCUUUGAUUUAUGAGAAGGCUUAUAAUCCAGUCUUGUAAUUACAGCAUUGUUACUCUACCAAAACAAUUGUGUUAUGGCAGGAUCAGUUUACAAUUAUUUUAAUCAAUUGGGCAAAGUCCCAAUAUUCCAAAAUUGAGUGACUGUUAUUGUUCUUAUUCUUAUGUUCAUUACAAAUAUUUAUCUAUUUUAAAAUUAGGGAAAAAGGGCUGAAACAUGUUUAUUUCUUUCGUUUAAAUUAUGUACAAUUUGAAAUAAACCAUAAGUAUAAAUACACAUAUUCCCCCCCCCCUUCCAGCCCAUUUUCUAAUAACUUAACAUUUGGACUUGGUCCCCUUAAAAAAACUCUAUUAACCCUUUACGGGGGAGAGGUACUUCCUCUUGUAUGUUCUGAACGGGCACCACUUUUCCAUUUUUUAGUAAAAUUUAGGGUUACGUUACAAAAAAAAAAUCAAAUUUAAGGUUGUUAGUCAACAAAUUUGUGUGAAAUAAAAAGCAAAAUAAAGGAAAAUGAAUGCAGAUUUAUAAUUGUACUCACAUGCUGCCAUUAAUCCUUAUAUGAACACAAAUAUUUGCAAAAACAACAGAUUGUUUGUGAUUGUGAGUCAUCUAUUUACUAUUUACAAACACUGCCAUAAAAAUCGAAGUUUGUAAAAUUCAACACUCAAAUUACACUGCUUACUACGCUGAUUUCACUAAUAUUACUAAUAAUGUAAACAUCUAGUUCCAAUUUACAGUCAAUUCGUACACUUAAAUGUCACUUUAAUUGAAUCCAGCGAAAUCUCCGCUAUCACUUGAAUACUCGGCAAAUAAUCAGCAAAAUCCAUUUAGAAAAAAAAAAUUUUUAAACCCCUAAAACGAAAAAAAAAAUCGAUUAAAUACGUGUAACUGGCGCCUACUCUAUUUAGCUAUCGGAAAAGCCGGAUGUAAACAAUAGGAAGUCUUGCAAAGCCUCGGAGGUCACGAGAAAAAAAACACUAAGUCGUCACGGACGCUUUUGGGCAUUCUGCCCUUUAAGUGGUAAAGACGUUAUCAGCGCUCUACCCAGUAAAGGGUUAAAGUAUAAUAUAAUCAAUUAUAUCAAUGCUUUUUACAGGACUUGCUGAUGGUAACGAUCUUCUUCAUUAAGUUUUUCUACCUUUACACACCAAUCUUGGGGAUUGGCCAAGCUAUUGCAUUCUACUUUACAUUCAGGUGAGUCUUGAAAUUUAAAAUAGAGAUCAACCAAGGCCAUCCUGUUCCUAAUGACAUUCUAUGUUCAGCAAUUAGCACAAAUAGUUUAGACAUUUUAUUAAAUGAUUUAAUAAACUUGUUAAAGUUUACUGCACACCACACACAGUAUGUCUUGAUUUCAACUGGUUGCAUUUAUUAAUGUAUUUAUGUAGUGUUUGACCUUUACAUUACAGUUUUUUUUAUACUUUUUCUGACCUACAGAUCCAACAUUAGUAAAAAUUAUUUAUACAAAAUAAUUUAAUUGAAAGAUACAUUAUAUUACAUUUCAACUUCGGUUUGUUAGAGUCCCUCAUAUAGUUAAGACAUUGUUUAGGCUGAUGACUAUUCUAUUUUAUAGGACUAAAAAAUAAACAUGAGUCCUGUGAUAGAAUUAUGGCAUAUUAAAACAGACCUGGUCACACUGGCAGACCUGUUUACUCUUACGAUUUCGGCGUACAAUAUACAAUUUUGAGGCCUAAAUAUUACAUACACCGUAUGUUUUUCGUACUAUUCAGAUAAUGUAUUGAACGAUUUUGUGAGGAUAUUGUACGAUUUUAAGAGUUGAAGGGUAAACAGGUCUGCACUGGAACUCUCUGUUGUACAAUAUAGUCUCAGAAUAGUACUUUACCAUCUCAAAAUCGUACAAUACUGUUAAAAUAGUAAAUAAACUGAAGUAUCUGUUGUUUAUGAGCAGUUUGGAAGUAAAUGCUUUUUCACUGUAAUUUGUUUUGUAAUGCAUUUAAUAUUCCAUUAUAAUACCAAUUACCAUUCAUAGUCAAACUAAUACUAAUAUUCAUCCUCAAUUUUUUAAAAUAAACACUUUUUAUUUACAAUAGCCAUGCUUCCUAUGCUAGAAUUAUGGCAUAUUUAAACAAACUUAGUUAUACUGGAACUCUCAAAAAAAAGUACAAUAUAGUCUCAGAAUAGAACUUUACAAUACAAUAAAAAUUUUACAAGUGAAUUUUACCAUGCCAUGAAAUAAUACAAUAUGUAUUAAAAUAGAAAAUAAAUAAACAAACAUAGAAUUAUGUACACAAUACCUAUUCACAUAGCAUCACAAACAAAUAUAAAGGAACUGAUUUUUUAUAUUUAAUGAAUCUUUAUUCAAUCUUUUCCUUUCUUAUUUUAAUGUGUAGGUGCUUAGAAAGUCAUUGGUUUACUUGGGUGGCUCAGUCUAACCAUGUCCCCAUGGAAAUAGAUCAGGACAAAGCUAUGCCAUGGCUCCCUCUUCAACUGCAGGCUACUUGCAAUGUUGAGAAGAGCUUUUUCAAUGACUGGUUUACAGGACACCUCAACUUUCAGAUUGAGCAUCAGUAAGAAAGCUUAGAAAAUAAUAUAGAAUAUUUAAAACAAGCCUGUUUGAUUAAUGAAAGAUACUUGAUAAUUGUAUUAGUCAUUAAAAAAACAACAGUGAAUUGAUUGUGGUUGAAAAAAAAAAAGGUAACAGUUGCAAAGACAUUACAAAAUACCACCAUUAUCAAACUGGUAGAAUGCAGCCUUUUAAAUUGUUUAAAAUAACAGAAUUUGUGGCAGGGACUUCUUGAAUUAGCCUCUGUGUAGAAUUAUUAUAAAGUGUGUUAUUUAAAAAAAGCUUGUAUAUUUUAGUGUUGUUGUUAAGAUGGAGCCUUAAUGCACCAGCCCUUAUUUGUUUUGUUUUUUUAAAUAGCCUGUUCCCAACAAUGCCACGUCAUAACCUGCACCAGAUUGCCCCCCUCGUUAAGUCACUAUGUGAGAAACAUAACAUCUCCUAUCAAGUGAAACCUUUGGGCACUGCUUUUGCAGACAUAGUCAGGUGAGUGCCACUUUUGUAACCAACCAGCCAAUGUGAGGUGUUGUUUUUUUUUUGUCAGAGAUUUAAAAAAAAAAAAUUACAGUGGAACACAGAUUAUUCGAAACGUGUUAUCUGAACAGUCUGUCUUUUGAAUUAUUGUAUUACUGUUAUUAUCGUACGCAAUUCACAUGGCUUGGAGCACCAGAAAACAAUUCCAAACCCGAGUAAAAUCUAGAUAUGUACUCUACAUGCAGGGACCAGACUGGGUUAAUGUGAUCACUUUUUAUUUAAAAUAAAUCACAGAAUACAUGUCUUCAUAGACAAAGAAUUUUAUUCUAAGCACCAGUCAUCCUAUUUUUCAAAACUCUUAAGGCAGAAAAAAAAUUCCAUUCCUGUUUUUGACAUCAAUCAGCUGAUCCCUGUAUACCGUGCUGUAUAGUUAAAACAAUGUACAAUAAAGCAAUGUUUUUCUUAACUUGGGUCAUAUGGGACCCCGGGGGCCACAGUAUAUUUCUUGGGAGCCAUAAAAACUUUGAGGGGAAAAAAAGUACUUAGUGUACAUGAAAAAAGGCAGUUUUUUAAUAUUAAUUACAGAGAAGGGGGCCAUGGAGCUAAAUAAAAUAUUAAAGUGGUAACUAAAAGCAUCUUCUGUGUAUGACUGAAAGAUGAGAAUAUUUUGUUUUCUUUGUGUUAACAUUUAUAGUCCAAACUGUAUUCGUUUAUCCAAAACACCCCUGGACUCUUUGUUUGGGAAAUUGACGCUGUCCUGUAGUUUGAACAGAAAACAUGUAUAAACAAAUAAUAGUGAAAAGAAAAAAAAAAGUUCAGCAAUUUUUAAAAUCUAAUUACAAGUACUUCUUUAAUAAUGGGAAUUUUGUGUAUUAUUAAUAUAAAAAAAUGGAAUUAAUUGACAGAUCAUAAUAAAGAAAAUAAGUGAAUAUAAAUUUGCAAUAUAAUUCAUAUGCACACUACUAUGGCAAUAAAUUUUUCCUGUUUGGAAUUCCAUGUUAAUUUAUUCAAUUAUCAUUUAAAAAAUGCUAAUUGUAACAGUACAGUGUUUAUUACAGUCUGAUAACUAUUAAUUAAGCUAAUUGCUAUGAAAGCACUAUAACAAUGCAGAGCAUUUGACACUUCAUCACUAUGAACUUUAAUCACAUUGAAAGGUCACAAUUCACAAUAUAAAUAUGUGUCCAACUGGAAAAAAAUAACUGAUAUGACAUCAUAUAACUUCAUUCUCUUCCUAAUACGAACAGAUCAAAGGUAGCCACUGUGAUUCAAUGUGAUAAAUCUUAAAUAAAUCAAUUUAAAUCUAUCUCUCUCUACUUUCUUCUGGUUUCUUUGCCCAUGACAUCAAAAACACAGACCUGUUUACUCUUACGAUUUUGGUGUACAAUGUACAAUUUUGAGGUGUAUAGAUUGUAUACACUGUAUGUUUUUUUUUACUAUAAAUAUAACAUAUUGAACGAUUUUGUGAUGAUAUUGUACGAUUUUAAGAGUUUGAGGGUAAACAGGUCUGAAAACAUCAUCUCAAUACUCAAAUAAUGAAACAAAAUUUUUCUAUAAAUAUAGAGCUGUUGCACUAAUGAAAGCUAAUAGUUAAACUCCAUAAGAUAUCAACUUUGCAAAAUGCCUGAUCCUAUGUUGAUGGCUUGUAGUGGUAGCUAAUGAUUUCAGUUCAUUAAAACUUCAGAAGUCAAGAAAUUACAGAGUAUCCAUUCAUCAAUAUCCAACACCAAGUAAAAAAAACCCACUAAUUAUCUUUCUUUUCAAAUAUCUGUCAACGCACAACUUGCUUACUCAAUAUUUUAAACUCUUGAUGGUUUUAUUCUUUGCAGGUCGUUAAAACAUUCUGGUGAACUGUGGUACUCUACUUACCAAGCUUACCAUGCCCCUACAUCCUGAGUUUUGUAACCAAGACAUAUUCUUUUAUACUUGUGCUAGUAUAAUAUGGAAGAUAUGCAUACAAUUUUUAUGAAUGAAUUUUAUUUAUCUCUGCUCUACCAUGCCAUGAAAUGAUACAUUAAAUUUGUAGAAGAGUAAGAAUAGGCAAAAAAGCUUGAACAAAGUGAUUCAUUGCAACUCGGAUGUAUUUCUAUUUUGAAAUACCAGUAACCAUUUAGAUUUAGUCAUGGACGUGUUCAGUAUCUAAAUUUUUUGUUUAAACUUGAAACUUGGGUUUUUAAAAAAAAAAAAAAGUGAUGUAGCUUUGUGUUUAAAGUAGAACAGUGUUCACAAUUUGAAGAAUAAAAAAAGAAAAAUGUUGUGUUUUUGGAGGUUAUUGAUUAUUUCUUGAGCUUGUAUGUUGUUUAGGUUGAUGAGAUGAAUCAAUGCAAUUUUUAAAAGAUAUUUUCUGUUGUAACAGGUAUAGGUUUUGGUCUUUUCUUUUGUUUGCUUUCCUUUCAUUUUAGAAGAAAUUUUUUAAAAUUUUUUAAAAUCAUAGAUAUGACACAUUGUAUUUGUAAUAUGUAAACUUAUGUGACUUGAUAAUGUCUUGUUUUAGAGGAAAUGUAGAAAUUUAGAGAGGAAAAAAAAAGAAGUUGCAAUUCUUUGUUCUAAUCAAGAAAUCUAAAUAUGGUCUUUAUUCCAGUAAGACCAACAAUUUUUGUGAUCUUUUGCACCAAAAUAGCCUAUAUUUCAGUGGAUUCAUUUUUUGAUAACGUAAUAAUAAAAACAAUAAUUAAAUUGCAGUCUUUUAUUUGUUUUCUUAUUGAUUAGAUCACAAAAUUUGUUUAUUAGAAUGUAGAUUCCAUGUUUUUGUUGCUCUACUGUCGCAUCUACUUAAGUCAAUAAUUAAAAUACUAACAAUUUCAUAUGCAUAAAUUUUUUUGGAUAAGGUGAAUCCAAAGUAAACUUUGAUGACCUUGCAGAAAGUUAAGUGGGGAAAAUGUAAUGGCAACUAAUCAUCGCUGAGAUUUAUUGCAUUCAUGUUCUGUGCCUAGCUUGCAUUUACUACGAUAUAAGCAAGUAGAUUUCAACUUUAUACAUGUUAUCCAAGUGAAUAUUUACUCCAUUGGUGUCACUUAAUUUUGAUAACUCUGCUAGUUUUUUGGUUUAACACUAAAUAUGUGCUCUGAAGCAUAAUUUCUCUCUCAAGCAGUAUGUCUAAUUCCAUUUAUGUCAGACCUAGGAUUCAAAACCUUAAUAAAAAGCUAAUUUUUUAAUCAAUUACAUUGCAACUGUGGUUUCCAACCUUUUUGAACUGGCUACAUUGUUUUCUUAUAUAAGACCUGAAGCUCACAAUUGACCAGGGUCAAACACUUGUAUAAUGACUGGUGUACUUCAAUUAUUUCAAAAGUGAGAAUUGUAAUAAACAAUGAGUGUUUGUUUUACUUAUUAUUGUUGCCAGUAAGUACCAGUAUAUUUAUUUCACUUAAUGUCUAAAAGCCUUUCUAUAUAUUUUAUCUACUUAAGCUUGACUGCAGUCCAGCCCCCUUCUACUGUGUUACCUCGCUAUAACACGACUUUGGAUUUAACAUCUUCAUGGCAUAGUCCUCAAAAUUUCAUAUAUUCAUUCACAUAAUUUUUUCUCCAAGAAAUAAAAAAGCGUUAAAUACUAUGCAUUCAACACAAUAAAGCAUCCACUAAAACUAUUCCAGCAUCAACACCACAUAGUUCUAAAACCAUACAAGAUUUUUUUUUAAAUCUGUUUUUAUAAAACCAAAUCACCUUCCCUUUUUAACAGUCCCAAUGCUAUUUGGACGGAAUAUUAUAACCCUGCAUUAACUCUAGUAAAGUGAUUAAAUUUUAUGGAACCCUAUUAUCGUGUCAUAGCCAGGUUUCAGUUUAAUUUUAUAUUAUUGGGUGCGUUAGUGAUAGACUUACAAAAUAAAUAGCUUGAAUUCCAACCCCUUAAUUGUUCUAAUCAUCUGUAGUAUAGUGGUAAGCCAGUGUUUUAGACUUGAAUUAUAUUACAUACAGGUCUACAUGACUUGACAAGGUAAAAUUUUCAAAUCAGUUAUUUUAUGGAAAAUGGUAGCUAAAACAUGAGCGGUUCAUUAAAAUUAUUAUUGAUCAUUAUAGCUAAAUUAUUAAUGAACUUAAGUCACCAGGUUUAUUCAGCAGUAUCUUGGUCAGUGAUGGUCACUCAUACUUUUGUACAUGAUAGUUGUUGGUAGUGCAACAGGAUAAUACAGGAUAAUUGUUUUAUCAAGGUAGUAAUUUAUCCUCUUAUGAUUCAGUCCUGUUCAGUAGCAACUAAUGUGAACUGUGAGUGAUGAUUACUUAGAUCUGAAUCAAACUCUCAUGUCUUCUAUUAUUAAUGUCAAAUCUUUUAACUCAUCAGUUGUUCAUUUCCAAGUUCACUGCCUUUUUGAUAAAUAUGAUAAAAUAAUCAAAUUCCACAACAAAACUCAUAAAAAAACAAAACUAAAUUUGGCUUCUUUGAAGAAACAUCCAAAUGAUCCUCAGAGUGAUCCUCCUUUUCCAUCUAACUUUAAGUCACAGGAUUUAGUUAGUAUUGAGAGAAGAAAUCUUCAGUAUUUCAUCAUUUUUAAUUAUAAACUGUUAUGAAACAAAAAAAACUCAGACUUUAAUUUAUUAAAGGCUGCCAUUUAUUGUGGGAGAGUUUAUUUAACCAAUAAGCCAUUUAAAUGUAACUUUUUAUUUCUAAUUUUUAUCCACUAUGAGGAUAAUUUAUUUAGAGAUUUUCAAUUGUAAAUUCUACAUUAAGGAAAAUGAUUUCAAAAUAUUAAUAUGGAAAUACUGACAUGAAAAAGCCAUUCCCAGGGUACAGCAAAAGGCUGUGUGUAGGACCAGGUAGUGUUGGUAUCAAUAUAUGUAUUACACUGAUGAAUGGGUGCAAAUUCCAGUCAACUUCUCCAAUGACCAAUCUUAAGGGACUCCAGCUUUAAUAAAUUGAGCAAAUUGUUCCUAAUCAGUGAAUAAGAGAUUUUACAUGUUACCCUAGAAAGUGAUCAGAGGUAUACCAAAAAAAUGUAUACCUUUGUUUUACCCACAAGUUUCUGUUAUUUGACCAAUAAGACAUAAUUGCAUCAGUUAGUUUCCUCAUGAAACCUUUUAAAUCAAACUUAACUGGUUUACCUCCGUGGUCAUUUUUCUGUCUUAAAUAGUUUGCAUUUCAACCCAUUCAAACCUUAAGAAAGUUUAUUUUUAAAAUCAAGAAAUUCUGGUGCACGUAGUGAUAUUAAAAGGUCAAGAUUCUAAUAUAUUUCGUGUACCUGGGAAGUUAUGUGCUGGAGAACCAUAAAAUGUAUAUUUUCCCUCAACUAUUGCUAUGAUGUCAUUGGUAAUUUUCUUUUUAAUCACAUAUGGCUCAGUUGUAUGUUGUAAUAAUAACCAACUGAAUAAUAUAAACAUUGGUUCCCAACCUGUGCUCUGCAUGGACUUCUCCGAGGCCAGUCCUUCCCCCUGUAACACUACACCUAAAGACCAUACAUUUGUAAGGCAUAGCCUAGCCUUAAGGGGGAACUCAUAUAAAUUGAUUCUAAAAAGGGAUCCUCAAGUCAAAAAGGUUGGGAACCACUGAUAUAAACAAUAUUAUUGUCAAGUUUCAGUACAGUCUUAGGUUAAAUUUAUAUUCCAUGCUGUGCAAAACUCAAACUUUGAAAUAUACAAAGCUGAAAUUAAAAUCAAAUGAUAAAUAAAUGUUUA